AUGUCCAGUAAAGAGCACCUCGCCUUCUCGGGCGGCUUGCCAUACCUCGAAGGACCUAUAAUUCUUACUGAGCCUCAUCAAGGGACACUAACGGUCAACAUGUCCAAACCUGAAUCAGCCAACACCUCUCGCUCCGCCUCCCCCUCUGGCGCUGGCGACCCCAAGUCCCGCCUCGUCUCUGCCUCCCUCAAAGACCGCAUCGCAAAGUUCAACAACCCCUCCGCUGCCCCUCUCCUCCCUACCCACGCUUUCGGAACUGCCGGACCUGGAACCGGCGCCGGCGGACCUAGCAAGAAGGGGCUGUACGGAAACCGGAUCCCCGGUCUUGACCCCAAGUCUGCUGGACACAUUCCCAGCUCUGGCUCCUUGCGCAAGGUUUCGGAAAGCAGGGGCUUGAUCGGGAACCGGAUCCCCUCGAGCGUGUCGGGCGGAAGUGUCGCCGGUCUCGCCGCGUCCAAUACGGGCUCGGGCGGUAACCCCAUACCCGCUCCCAAGUCGACAGUAUCCGCAGUCGGCCGACCCUCAAGCCCUACGGAAUCCAUGGACUCGUCUACGCCAUCCGCACCCGCAGAUUCUGGCUCACCAGGGACAUCCCGCUCUUCCUCCCCACCCACCUCUCCAGGCGGCGGUCUUCCCCCAUCCCUCCUCGCUGCUACACUGCCCGACUAUGGCGGUCCAGGCGCUAUGACACCUUCCUCCACUCGCGCCGACGCAGGCGAAGAGCAAGAAGACCGUUCUGCUCCCGCCACACCUGUCGUAGGCGCGUCCAUCCAGCUCCCCCCUGCGGAAUACGACCUCGUACCCGGGAAUCUCAAGCUCGCCACCGCCGCUCAGAUGUCACGGGGUUUAUCAGCUACCUCGGCAGCACCGCAUACGUUCGCGCCGAGCGUCACGUCGUCACUGGCGAGUCAAUACGACCCGAGCUCGCAGGGCAAUGAGGAGGAGCAGAUGAUGCAGGCCGUCAGUGGGAUCUCGACUCCCACUGGUACGCCCAAAGGCCAGCGCCGGGAGCUGGAAGACAGUACGAGGGGGGAGGGAAGCGUGAGGGAUGAAGGGAGUGUGAUGGGUGAUGGGGAAGAGGCGGAGCAGAAGAAGGAUAUGGAGGGGGUGAAUCGGAAAUUGGAAGGAUUGGCGCUGGAGCAGGGUGACGACCAGGAGGAGGAGUCGGCUGUGGAUGAGGCCGGAAUGGUCGUUGAUGAUCAGCCUACGCCAUCCACAGACGCUCCGGACCCGCUCGCCCAGGUCGGCUCGGCCUUGGACCCCGCGCAUACCCGAGAAGUGACGCCAAAACACUUUGAAACCCCUGCUGCUCCCACUCCGAGCAAGCCUACCUCGGGGCCACAGGAUGACGAGGACCCCAAUCAGGCGGACGACCUCGCCGCGCUCAAACGGGGCGAUCUCUCUCGCUCUCCACCCGCGGCCCAACCUACCGUCAUCAACCCCCUCCUGUCGCUCUCUGGCAAAGAAGAGGCAGGGUCCCCGUCGCAGCAGCACAAAUCGUCAACCUGGUCCGCAGAAGGCCAGACGGGACCGCGGGAGCACGUCAACGCCGAGCGGAACAAGAAGAUUGACGAGCAAGAGAUUGAGCUCGGACCAGAGAUGGUCGUCCGUCCCCCGACUCCAGGUCGGGAUGGCAGCGCCGGCCCCGGAGCAGGAACCGGGAAAUGGGACGAGAACGUACCGGUCCUCCGCCAACAACACCAGAGCGGCGUCCACGACGAACCCCAGAUCGACAUCAAGCCCCCGCGCUCGCCCGGGGAGCCGGCGUCCACGCAUGACUUUACGCCCAAUAUCGAUAAUGAUGGCAAGAAUGCGUUUGUGCAGCAGGCGUUCCAGGGGGACGUGGCGGAACCGACCGAGGAGGAGGAGGACGCCAAGAAGGAGGAGAUCAAGUAUACGGGUCCGGGCGAGGUGUCGGGGGAAGAGAAGGUGGGAAUGGCGCAGGCGCAGAGCGCGUUUGCGAUUGAGAGUCAGAGUGAGAAGGGGCCGGAUGAGGAUGGAGUAGAGGGUGGGGAGAAGGGGGCUCUGCCGGAUAAGAGGGAAGGAAAGACUUAUGCGGGAGAACUGGAGAAGGUGGACGAGACAAAGAGUAGGAAGGGAGGUGCGGGAGCGGGCACGGACGCGGAUACGCCGGCGGUAGCAAAGGUCGACGAGGAGAAGCCCCAUGCGGAGAUAGGGGGACCGGGCGAAUCGGGGUCGGGGUCAGGAUCAGAUCUGCCCCCACUCCACUUCUCCAUGGUGACUGGCCAAUCGAUUGAACCCGAGGGGAAGUUGGAGGACUUGCCGACCAUGGAGCGGGAGAGCAAAGUGGCGGAGAAGGGGGAUACGGUCGGUGUGCCGAUUCAGACGGGGGAGGUGAUACAGGUCCCGAGGCAGCUGGAGGAAGAGGGGCAUGUCGACAAGGAGGAGAGUCAACGCGAUGAGGAGAAGGCAGAGUCGGCUGCGAAUGAAGGAAUUGAUCUGAUGGAGCUGCCGACGAGCGAUGGGUCGACGGUUCAGGUGCCGAAGAAGAUGGACGAGGCGGACGAGGAUCAGGUCCAGGAAGGGGCGGAGACGAUACCGGAGACGGAGACAAAGGGCAGCACCGACCCUGCACAACUAAAGACACGAUCUGAGGAGCCCAUCCUCACUUCGUCCCCUCGGCAAUCUGACAAACCCCUCCAUGUCCUUGUCGAGCCCGCACCUAUCGCUCAAUCCGUCCACGAAUCCAAACCCCCACCCUCCUCCUUCAAGCCGCCAAAGUCAUCUUCCCCGUCCACGGACGACGCGGCUGUCCUCCCUUCAGCACCCGUUUUUCCCGAACCGCCGCAUGAUGACCCCUCCACCUCGGCCCCAUCCCUCUCUGCCCGGUCGACCACCACGGAACCCUCGGACCGCUCGUCCACUCCUCUAGACCCGGCGAUCAUGCGCUCCUUCCCGGACGUACCGGAUGAAGAACACCCUCGUGUGGAAAUCCACGUCAGUCCGCACGUCACGCCCGCCAAGUCGCCGUUGGACCGUGCUUCCGUCGGUCCGACGGGGAAGGGGACGGGAUCCGUAUCGGAUAGUCCGCUCAAGCCAAAGAAAGGAGAUGGGCCGCAGACGCCCGGAAAGCUGGAUGUGGAGAGUGCGUCCUAUGAGAAUGAGGCCAAGUUGAGCAAGAGGCGGAGUGUACGGAGGAGCCCAAAGAGCCCGUUAUUGGAUGAUGAGGAUCCGGGGGAUUAUGUGCCGGGUGAUGAAGGGUGGGCUGUCGUUACAAAGGGAAGGGAUGAAUGA